AUGAACGACGAACUCGCCUUCACUGCUCGCAGGCUUCGGGUUAUCACCGUUGGGGCUGGAUUCUCUGGCCUGCUCAUGGCUCACAAGUUUCAGCAUCGCUUUCCCGAAAUGGACAAAAUUGUUGACCACACCAUCUUCGAGAAACGAGGAGAUUUUGGGGGGACUUGGCUUGUGAACACGUAUCCUGGAGUUCAAUGUGAUGUCCCAUCGCAUAUUUAUGCAUUCCCCUUUGAUCCCAACCCUGAGUGGUCGCGUUUCUACUCAAGUGGCGCCGAGAUUCACCAGUAUAUCGUCGAUACAGUGAAGAAAUGGAACCUCGAUCGAGACGUGCAGCUCAACACUGAGGUCACUAAGGCUGCCUGGGAAGAGUCUAAAGGUCAAUGGAAAGUAACCGUCAAACAUAAUGGUCAAAGUCGAGACGAAUGGGCGGAUGUCUUGAUAUCCGGGCAAGGCGUACUGGACAUCUAUAAAUGGCCGGAGAUUGCUGGCAUUGAAGGGUUCAAGGGCCAUCGAGUUCAUUCGGCGCACUGGGAUCAGAGCUAUGACUACUCCCACAAGAGGAUCGCUGUGAUCGGCAAUGGCUCGUCAGGAGUUCAGAUUGUGCCUCAAAUGGCCAAACUCCCAGGGACGGCCGUCACAAAUUUCGCUCGCGGUCCCUCGUGGAUCUAUUAUCGUGUUCCUCCAUCACAGCAUCUAGGCAAAUCCGGGAAAUCAGGAAAUAACCCAGAGUACUCUGAAGAGGACAAGAAGAAGUUUCGCGAGCAUCCAGAUGCUAUGAAAGAGCAUCGAAAAGCUAUGAUCGGUCGAACUAAUCGUGCUUUCAGGAUGUUUGUCAAAGACUCAGAAGCGAAUAAAGAAGCCAUGAUCGCCGCCCAGAAACAAAUGGCAGAACGACUGGGACAUGAUCCUCGACUAUGUAAGACGCUGAUCCCGGAAUGGUCCUUGGGGUGUCGGCGUAUCACCCCUGGAGAGGGCUAUUUAGAGUCCUUUCUCUUACCAAACUGUGACAUCACUCAAAGCCCUAUUGAACGCAUUACAGAGAAUGCCAUUCACACAGCAGAUGGCAAAAUUCACGAGGUGGAUGUCUGUAAGUCGAACAGCGAGGCAAGCUUGUGUCGAGAUGUUUUGGCUGACUGUUCAAUAUUAGUGGUCUGUGCAACAGGAUUCGACGUCUCGUUCCGGCCCCAGUAUCCCACAAUCGGUCGAGAUGGCGUCGACCUCAAACAGAAAUGGACUGAAGAGCCAGAGGGCUACUUUUCUGUUGCGGCAGAUAGGAUGCCAAACUAUUUUACCGUCUUGGGGCCAAACGCGGUCGCCGGCCACGGGUCCCUUCUCGAGGCUAUGAACUGGAACGGCGACUAUUUCAUCCGGUGGAUCAAAAAGAUGGCGGAAGAGGAUAUCAAAUCAUUCUGUCCGAAGACUGCUGUGAUUGAUCAAUUCGUCAAGUAUGCGGACGAGAUUCACAAGUCUCUGGUGUGGACAGCGCCCUGCAAGAGUUGGUAUAAGCGGAAUCAAGUCAACGGGAGAGUGACAGCUCUGUUCGGUGGUAGUGGGAUGUUGUAUAAACGUAUUAUCAGUGGCGAACUUCGGACUGAGGAUUUUGAGAUUGAUUAUCGAAGUCCUAAUAUGUUCAAAUUCAUGGGAAACGGAUUUACGGAGAUGGAAUUGAAUCCGGAGAAUGAUUUGGCUUGGUAUAUAGAGCGCUGA